CUUCCCCAUUCCUCUUUGCAGCGUUCUCACGUGCUUUUGGCCUCAAAGAUUCGUACCGUCAAUGAUGAACCCUCUAGUUUGAUCCUUGUGAUAGACUGGUCAAUUGUUACGGACAAGUCGUACCCAAUCAUUGCAGCAACGAGAAGCAUCGAACUCGAACUCGAAACUCGAAACUCGAACGAAGCGAAGCGAAGCAACGUGCCUUUGGGCGAUUUCAUCCCCGACAACAACUUCUCUUCCCAGCAAUCGCGUUUUCGCAGAUAGGGUGUUAGGAUGCGGCUUACGGCCGAGCUGAUUCGGGAUUCAUUGUCCUAUUUGAAUCCCUUGAAGGAGAGAGAGCUCGACCUCCGAGGACACCGAAUUCCUGCCAUUGAAAACCUGGGUGUCGCUGGCCCCCACGAUGCCAUCGACUUCACCGACAACGACAUCCAAGUCCUGGGCAAUUUCCCUCUGUCCCCCCGCAUAACGACGCUCCUGCUCGCGCGCAACCGCGUCGCGAGCAUCCAGCCCACGCUGGCCUCCGCCGUGCCGAACCUGCGCAAUCUGGUCCUGGCGUCGAACAACCUCGUCGAGCUGGCGGACGUGGAUGCGCUGGGUGGGCUGGGGCGGUUGACGCACUUGGUGCUGGCUGAUAAUCCCGUUACGAAGAAGGAGCAUUACCGAUAUUGGGUCAUCUGGCGGUGUCCUUCUGUCCGGUUCCUGGACUACGAAAAGGUCAAGCAGGCGGAGCGGGACAAGGCCCGGGAGCUGUUUGGCACAGAAGAAGAGCCCACGGCUCUGGCCACAUCGAUCAUGGGCAAAAAGUCAAAGGUCGACGUCACAGCCAACGGCUCGUCGGCCGCGCCGUCGAAGCUCUCGCGGAUAAAGCUCACCGACGCGGAAAAGCAGCGGCUGCAGGAGCGGAUCAAGAAGGCGACGAGCCUGCAGGAGAUUAUCGCGCUGGAGAAGGAGCUCAACGAGGGGAGGUUACCGUCCGGGGUGUAUGGCGAUGCGAUGGAGGAGUGAAGGAGAUGAUUUGCCUUGUUGGGAUGGUUUCCGUUUUUUAUACUCUAGUUUUUUUUCUGGCACAGGAAUGUUUUAGUUUACUGGUCGUUUGAUUUUCUACCGGCUGCUUUUAGAAUGGCCGGCCUC